AGUGGGUGGGAAGAGCCCCCACGAGCUUCGUGCGGGAUUCUAGGCUCCCCUGUGACAGCCGCGGCAGGAAGCAGGCGGGCGCUGCGCGGCCACAGGCCUGCUGUUUUCGGAAGGGAGAAAGCUGGACAUUUCCCCACGUAACUCCCAGCUCUGGGCCUAGAGUGUGUGCAUGGCGAAGUCCCCGGAGAACUCUACCCUGGAGGAGAUUCUGGGGCAGUAUCAACGGAGUCUCCGGGAACGUGCCAGUAGAAGCAUUCACCAACUGAAAUGUGCCCUGAAAGAAGGUGAUGUCACUAUUGGAGAAGAUGCACCAAAUCUUUCUUUUAGCACCAGUGUGGGAAAUGAGGAUGCCAGGACAGCCUGGCCCGAAUUACAACAGAGCCAUGCUGUUAAUCAGCUCAAAGAUUUGUUGCGCCGACAAGCAGAUAAGGAAAGUGAAGUAUCUCCAUCAAGAAGAAAAAUGUCCCCUUUGAGGUCAUUAGAACAUGAGGAAACCAAUAUGCCUACUAUGCACAACCUUGUUCCUAUUAUUAAUGACCAGUCUCAAUAUAUUCAUCAUUUAGAGGCAGAAGUUAAGUUCUGCAAGGAGGAACUCUCUGGAUUGAAAAAUAAAAUACAAGCAGUUGUGCUUGAAAAUGAAAGCCUCCAGCAAGAGCUGAAAUCUCAAAGACAGGAGGAGACACUAAGGGAACAAACACUUCUGGAUGCAUCUGGAAACAUGCAGAAUUCUUGGAUUACAACAGGUGAAGAUUCUGGGGUGGGUGAAACUGCCAAAAGACCAUUUUCCCAUGACAAUGCAGAUAUUGGCAAAGCUGCAUCUGCUGGUGAGCAGCUAGAACUGCAUAAAGUUAAAUUGCCAGAAAAUGAGGAAGAAGACAUAGAAGAAGCAGAAUUAAUGUUUUUGUUGAAAGACUUAGCUGAAUAUCAGAGAACUUGUGAAGAUCUUAAAGAGCAACUAAAGCAUAAAGAGUUUCUUCUGGCUGCUAAUACUUCCAACCGGGUUGCUGGUCUUUGUUUGAAAUGUGCUCAGCACGAAGCUGUUCUUUCCCAGACCCAUAAUAAUGUUCACAUGCAGACCAUUGAAAGACUGAUGAAAGAAAGAGAUGACUUGAUGUCUGCACUAGUUUCCGUAAGGAGCAGCUUGGCAGAUACGCAGCAAAGAGAAGCAAGUGCGUAUGAACAGGUGAAACAAGUUUUGCAAAUAUCUGAGGAAGCCAAUUUUGAAAAAACCAAGGCUUUAAUCCAGUGUGACCAGUUGAGGAAGGAGCUGGAGAGGCAGGCGGAGCGACUUGAAAAAGAACUUGCAUCUCAGCAAGAGAAAAGGGCCAUUGAGAAAGACAUGAUGAAAAAGGAAAUAACGAAAGAAAGGGAGUCCAUGGGAUCAAAGAUGUUGAUCUUGUCUCAGAAUAUUGCCCAACUGGAGGCCCAGGUGGAAAAGGUCACAAAGGAAAAGAUUUCAGCUAUUAAUCAACUAGAGGAAAUUCAAAGCCAGCUUGCUUCUCGGGAAAUGGAUGUCACAAAGGUGUGUGGAGAAAUGCGCUAUCAGCUGAAUAAAGCCAACAUGGAGAAGGAUGAGGCAGAAAAGGAGCACAGAGAGUUCAGAGCAAAAACUAACAGGGAUCUUGAAAUUAAAGAUCAGGAAAUAGAGAAAUUGAGACUAGAACUGGGUGAACGCAAACAACACUUGGAACAGGAGCAGCAGAAGGCAGCCCGGGCCAGGGAGGAGUGCCUGAGACUAACAGAACUGCUGGGCGAAUCCGAGCACCAACUGCACCUCACCAGACAGGAAAAAGAUAGCAUUCAGCAGAGCUUUACCAAGGAAGCAAAGGCCCAAGCCCUUCAGGCCCAGCAAAGAGAGCAGGAGCUGACACAGAAGAUACAGCAAAUGGAGGCCCAGCAUGACAAAACUGAAAAUGAACAAUAUUUGUUGCUGACCUCCCAGAAUACAUUUUUGACAAAGUUAAAGGAAGAAUGCUGUACAUUAGCCAAGAAACUGGAACAAAUCUCUCAAAAAACCAGAUCUGAAAUAGCUCAACUCAGUCAAGAAAAAAGGUAUACAUAUGAUAAAUUGGGAAAGUUACAGAGAAGAAAUGAAGAAUUGGAGGAACAGUGUGUCCAGCAUGGGAGAGUACAUGAGAUAAUGAAGCAAAGGCUAAGGCAGCUGGAUAAGCACAGCCAGGCCACAGCCCAGCAGCUGGUGCAGCUCCUCAACAAGCAGAACCAGCUUCUCCUGGAGAGGCAGAGCCUGUCGGAAGAGGUGGACCGGCUGCGGACCCAGUUACCCAGCAUGCCACAAUCUGAUUGCUGACCUGGAUGGAACAGAGUGAAAUAAAUGAUUUACAAAGAGAUAUUUACAUUCAUCUGAUUUAGACUGAAUAUGCCACAACGCACCACGACCUUCCCCGGGUGACACCGCCUCAGCCUGCAGGGGCUGGUCCUCCUCAGCACGUGCGCCAUCCCUGCACGCAGCCGGGCUGGAGCUGGAGUCUGACUCCAGAUGAGCAGAGCUCCUGGUGUAUGUUUUCAGAAAUGGCUUGAAGUUACGUGUUUCAAUCUGCUCAUUCGUAUGCUAGGUUAUACAUAUGAUUUUCAAUAAAUGAACUUUUUAAAGA